UGAAAAAGACUUUUUAAGUUCACAUCUCUUUCGACCAAUCAACCUACAAGCCAAAGCGUUACAAGGUCGGGAAGUUCAAUUCGCCCGCAUAAAAGCUGCCCGACGUCGUCCAAGAUCUUGCGUAACCUGCACACGUACUAUCUGGGUCUCCAUGGCCCAGACACGUACACGCACAAUUUUAGGGGCGUUCGUGUUUGCAAACAAGCUAGGCGUUCCGCUCAUGCAACGUCGCUACUGAUGGGACGUCCAAUUCUUGGAUACAUGGUUGAUCGCCAUGACCACAAAGCGUUCCCAUCGCAUUGGUUCGACAGGUUGGUGGCGCCAUGCUCGUCAUCGAUGGCCAGCAGCGCUUGACCACUUCGGUUGUCCUGGCGUCAGCGAUUCGGCACGCUUUCCUGGACCACAUUGCAGCGUCCGCAGCUCCUGUCGCCACAAUAUGCCCAGCCUCCAUCGCAUGGCUCGACGACGUCCUCUACGUGCAAGAUGCAUUCACCUCAGACAACGAUCUCAUGACGUUGUGGCAGUCCAAAGUCGAAGUUGGCGCGCACAGGAGGUAGGUACUUUACGGCGGGUGUUUCUCACAUCUGGUGUCACAGCGCACUGGAAAUACUGGAUCUGGGUAACAAGAAGUCGUUGGUGCUCGUCCAAUGCAAACGCUUCUUUAACAUGAAGGUGGCCGCUCUGUCGACGUCUGACUUGGGCCGAUUGGCGGUCAGCCUGAGUCAAC